AACAACUCAAAUAAAUAACCCGAUCCCCUCCUUCCCUCCUUACUUCUCCUCUUCUCCGUUCCACUACCACCAAUCUCUUCCAUUAAUUCUCUUCCAUUUCACAAACCAUCUCACAUCAUGGUCAAGGCUGUUGUUCUUGGUGCCUCUGGCGGCAUUGGCCAGCCCCUCUCUCUCCUCCUGAAGGCCUCGCCUCUGGUUGACGAGCUCGCCCUCUACGAUGUCGUCAACACUCCCGGUGUUGCUGCCGAUCUGUCCCACAUCUCCUCCCCUGCCAAAAUCACUGGCUACCUCCCCAAGGAUGAUGGCCUCAAGAACGCUCUGACCGGCGCCGACAUCGUUGUCAUCCCCGCUGGCAUUCCCCGUAAGCCCGGUAUGACCCGUGACGACCUCUUCAAGAUCAAUGCCGGCAUUGUCCGUGACCUGGCCAAGGGUAUCGCCGAGUUCUGCCCCAACGCCUUCACUCUGGUCAUCUCCAACCCCGUCAACUCUACCGUCCCCAUUGCCGCCGAGGUCCUCAAGGCCGCUGGCGUCUUCAACCCCCAGCGCCUGUUCGGUGUCACCACUCUCGAUGUCGUUCGCGCCGAGACCUUCACCCAGGAGUUCUCUGGUCUGUCCGACCCCUCCAAGGCUACCGUUCCCGUUAUCGGCGGUCACUCUGGCGAGACCAUUGUUCCCCUCUUCAGCAAGGUCUCCCCCGACUUCAAGAUCCCCGCUGAUCGCUACGACGCUCUUGUCAACCGCGUUCAGUUCGGUGGUGAUGAGGUUGUCAAGGCCAAGGAUGGUGCCGGUUCCGCCACUCUGUCCAUGGCUUUCGCUGGUUUCCGCUUCGCCGAGGCUGUGAUCAAGGCCGCCAAGGGCGAGAAGGGCAUUGUCGAGCCUACCUUCGUCUACCUGCCCGGUGUCCCCGGUGGUGACGAGAUCGCCAAGGCCACUGGUGUUGACUUCUUCUCUACCCCCGUCGAGCUUGGCCCCAACGGUGCCGAGAAGGCCACCAACAUCCUCGGCGGUGUCACCGACCAGGAGAAGACCCUCCUCGAGGCUUGCAUCAAGGGCCUCAAGGGCAACAUCGAAAAGGGUGUUGAGUUUGUCAAGAACUCCUCAAAGUAA